CCGGACACCAACUAACCUCUGAGGGGGAUUUCAGCAGAGGAUCCCCGACCGGACCACCGUGGCACGAGGCGUUUUCUUCACCUGCUCUUUCCCGCGAUGUCGCCUCCCACUCCGUGAGGACUCCCUCGGUUGCUCCAAGCACCGACCCCCCCACCACACACACACCUCGAACUAACCCCCCCCCCCCACCACCACCACCAGCCCCUUGAACUUGAGUCCGCCGUGCGGAGCGCUUCAGAAGAGCGGCAGGAUGGGACCGCGGAGACACGCGCUGCUGUGGUUCAUUGUAGUGUCAACAAUGUCUCAGUGUGUGCCAGCCAUUGGGUGUGGAUCCCGCUAUGAAUUUGCCAUUGAGGAGUUCUGCAUGGCCAAAUUCAGACUGGACAUGCACGAGCUGGACGAGAGACGCUGGUGCAGCUGGGAUGACACAUUCGAGCUGUACGGCGAGCUGACGAACUGCACCUUCCUGCUGGCCAAGAACAUGAAUUGCUUCUGGCCCAACAGGCAGGUGGACGAGUUCUUCAUCCGGAUCCACAGGCACUACUUCCAGGACUGCUCGCUGUCCGGGCGGCUUCUGAAGGACCCACCCAAUCGCAUCCUGGGGCCCUUCAUUGUGGUUCCCAUCCUGGUCACGCUCCUCAUGACGGGCCUGGUGGUGUGGAGGAGCAAACGCAGCGAGGGGAUUGUGUAGUGAAGGGGGGGGGGGGGGGGCGGUGACCUGGGUGGUAAAUGUCCAGACAAGAGGUGUCCUUCUUCUGCAUCAAAUCCACCCCCCCAGUGACCAAAGGAUGUCUCUUUCUGAGUGUUAGUGUUUCAUUUGGACCAGAAGGACUUCAUCAUAGACCUGGAAGAGGAGCUAGACAGCAAAAAAAAAACACAAACUACGUCAUUGAUGCACCGAUACCAACACAACUCCCAUCUCUGAACUGGGCACCUGAAUUUGAAUCUAAAUGACAUGAAAUAUUAUCAUAUUUACAAUAACAUUACAAUUAAAAAAUGAAUUUCUCGAGAGAAGUUGCUUCAAAGAAUGUUGCAUAUGGUGAAAAUCCACAGGAUCAAAACAAGGUGCUGAACUUGCUUCACGCCAUUGGACACGACCUUUCUGUUUAGGGAACCCAGGUGUAUCAGAUUUGAUGUGAAUAUAUACUGUAAAUAUAUGUACGUAUCUCUGAGUGGACUGUCACAACGUGUUGGUAACAAUCAAUCGUUUUUUAAACAAAUCCAUUCCUCUCUCGUGGAAAUUUCACGUCACACAAAGAUAGUCGAUUUCAACACACACACAUUAUAUUCUAAAUAUACUCUUUGUUAUGCAGAUGGAUUAUGUUCACGCUGCCGAGCGUCGGUAGGAGUGGAAUCUGUCUGUUUUUAGUUUCUUAUGUUUCUCAUCAAAAAGCUCCUCGACAUACCUGCUGCGUACCUCCACCCGCAAAGAUGCUCCACUACAAGAUACCAACUCCAACAGCUGGAAAAACAAAAAGCCGGAGAUGACAAGGUCAUAUUCGGAAGAUUGGCAGAUGUGGACACUAGACAAGGGUCGAGGCCCCAAUCUGGGAGUGCUGUGAUGAUGUUGGAUCUCCGGCUUCCAUCCUCCAUCACCAAGGAAACCGAAAUGCAGAGAAGCCAGCGGCUGAGCACACAGGAGGACUGAAUCCUGGGGGACAGUUAAUUAACCAAAAAUUCUCACAGUCUUUCCGAUGUUUCCCUGAAACACUUCUAUUAUCCAUUUUUUGCCGCAAUAUAGAAAGACACUUGCCCAAUAAUUACCAAAUGGAUUUCUUUCAUUUUAGGUGUGGGAAAUUGUUGCCAAAUGGAAAAAAAAACAAGAAAAGACAACAAAGAAACCCACUGUGGAUGAAUCACAGACGUGACUUCAGAGGGAACAUGAGCCGACGCUGAACAUGGCCUGGAGCUUUCUGUGGGAGUCAUGAUCUGCCAGCGUGGCACCGUGAGCGCUCUCUUUUCUUUAUGGAUCCAUUGACCUCUGACCCGUUUGGCAGGACACCCACACCCAACAUCGCUUGCACUUUGUUGCAAACGCUCUCGGAAAACCGAGGGUGGUGUUUGCAGUGAAAUGUCCAAUAAUCCGUUGGAGUGACGUCUACCGACUGAAUUGUAAAAUCUAUGAAAAGUUGAAUAAAGUAUCUGAUUAAAGUGUCUGAGACGUUG